GACAGAUAUCGCUUCCCAUCAGCCGUCUUUGACCUUUGAGAGCGUCAAGUCUCAUGAUCCCACCGAGGUAAAGGCUGCUCCCAUCCAGAAUAUAUAAUCUUGACUGACUCCUUGCAGUACGACCUGACAGUCAAUGUCAUGUCUUCCGCCGCCCACACUUCUAUAUCGCUCACAUACUGGAAUUCCGUCCUCUGUGACUGGCAGGUCCGUAACGUGGUGGACGCGAUGAAAACCGCCAUCUCGGCCCUGCUCGAUGCCCCGUCCACGCAGGUCCAGAAUCUCAGCCUGGUCGGGCCACGCAGCCAAACUCUACUCGGAGAAUGGAACAGAGGCUACGAAACCACCCUUUCCGUUCGUUCCACAGUUCAUCGCGAAUUUAUCAAGGAGGCACAGAGGCAGCCGCAAGCCCCCGCGCUUGCCGCAUGGGAUGGGUCCAUGACCUACGCGGAGUUGAACACUGCGGCGGUCCGGCUUGCUACCAGACUGAGCGUACUGGGCGCCUGCGGUGUAUUGGUUCCCUGCUGUUUCGAAAAGUCCAUGUGGGCAGUCGUCUCGAUGAUGGCGGUGCUCAUGGCAGGAGGUACGGUGGUGCCGAUGGAUCCGUCUCACCCUGAUCAUCGCUUGGAGGCGAUUCUGCGCAAUGUGGAUGCGAAGCUGAUCCUCACGAGCGAUGCUCUGGCCCAUCGAUUUAAACCUCUCGUUGACGCCGCUCUGCCGGUUGGAAAGGACUAUGUGGAUGCCCUUCCUACCGUCACUGAUGCGCUUCCGGAUGUCGAGCCGGAAACGUUGGCCUUUAUCAUCCACACUUCUGGAAGUACUGGAGUCCCCAAGGGCGUCAUGCUAGACCACAAAACUGUGUGCACGAGCAUGGAAGCGCACGGCAGCCGCCUCAAUAUCCAAGCCGGACAGCGUGUGCUCCAAUUCGCUUCGUAUGCAUUCGACAUAAGCCUGCAAGACAUGUUCACCAGCCUGACACGCGGUGCCUGCGUCUGCAUUCCUUCCGAGGAGCAGCGACUAAACAGCCUAAGCAGUUUUGUCCAAGAAUUUGGCGUCACCUGGGCGGGCAUUACACCAACAGUCGCUGCUCUCUUGGAGCCGGCCCAGGUUCCCUCGCUCAAGACGUUGACCUUGGCUGGUGAGGCGAUCACCCAGCGGACGAUCGAUGUCUGGUCAAACGCGGGUCUGCAGAGUUUCAAUAACUGCUACGGCCCUGCCGAAUGUACUAUCUACUGCUCAUGGCACGGCAACGUUGGGGCAGACCCUGCGCACUCCGCCUCGAAUAUCGGCUGGCCGCUGGCGAGCUCUUUCUGGCUGGUUGAUCCGUCGAAUCCGGAGAUUCUGCUCCCCGUGGGCUGCGCGGGUGAACUUCUUGUUGAGGGUCCUCUGGUCUCCCGAGGAUAUUUGAACGACCCGGGUCGAACGCAGGCGUUGUUCAUCACAGACCCGGCGUGGACACCCCUGGUUGGAGGGGGCUCAGGCCGCAGAAUGUAUCGCACCGGUGAUCUGGUCCAGUACAACCCUGACGGUUCUCUCAGCUACCUUGGCCGGAAAGACACGCAAGUUAAAGUGCAUGGUCAGCGGCUGGAAUUGGGAGAAAUUGAGUCGCACAUUCGGUCCAGCGCCCCGGAAGACGCCCAGGUGGCCGUGGAGAUGGUCAAAGACUGGGGCCUCGUUGCAUUCGUGGCCCUGCCACAACACGCCGCGAGCGACACGACGAUUCUCCCGUUGGACACCCAAACGAGAAAGACGCUGGUCUCCCUCUGUACCUCACUGGAGGCUCUCCUGCCGCUGUACAUGAUCCCCGCGCUCUGGAUCCCCGUAUCCCACAUCCCCCUCAAUGCGUCGAGGAAAGUGGACCGACGUGCCCUGGCCCUGAUGGCGUCAAGCCUGUCUGGGGCAGAAUCUGCACUGUAUUCUCUCGACGCGGCUACUGGCGAGGAUGGCGACAAUGGCCUGAUGAUGACACCUGGCGAGCGACGGCUGCGCUCCCUCUGGUGCAGCAUCCUCCAGCUUCCCGAAGACCAGGUGGGCGUCAACAGCAACUACCUGCGGCUCGGAGGUGAUUCCCUCGCCGCAAUGCGCAUGGUCGCCCUGGCCCGGCAGGCCGACGCCCACAUCACGGUGGCGGAUAUCCUGCGCCAUCCAGUCCUGAAGGUCAUGGCCACCAAGCUUGAGCUUGAUUCCGCUGUUGCAGAGGCUAUUGCGCCGUUUGCGCUUCUGGAUGAUGGAACCCGAUCAAAGGUAACAAGGGAGCUUGCGGCACUCUGUGGCGUUGAGGUCGCCAAGGUCGAAGAUAUAUAUCCCACCACGCCGCUGCAGGAUGGACUGAUGGCGCUGUCUCAAACCCAGACAGGCGCCUAUCUGAAUGACAUGGCCUUUGCCAUCUCUCCGGAAAUCAACAUUGCCACAUUCAAAAUGGCAUGGGAGCAUGUCGUUCGAUCUGUGGAGAUCCUACGGACUCGUGUUGCCUUCUCCGAGAUCGCCUCGCGCGCCUACCAAAUCGUCAUCGCCGAUGAACCCCAGUGGCACGACAGCUCUUCCCUGCAGGCCUAUCUCCGUGAGAGACAAGCACUCCAAGUCGAGUACGGCAGCCAUCUGAACCGGUACGCAGUCAUAGACGAAGGGGCUGGCCGACGGUUCUUCGUCUGGUCCGCGCACCACGCAGUCUACGAUGGCUGGAGCACAGGGCUGAUCAUGGCCGACCUCCAACACGCGUACCAGAGCACAACCCCCAUCGAGAUCCGCCAUUCGCCGUAUAAUCAGUUCAUCCGCCACCUGGUGGAGGUUGAUUCUGCGGUCGAAGAGCGCUUCUGGCGGUCCCAGCUCCAGGGAGCCGUAGCCCCCAGCUUCCCUCCACCACCAGCAGCCGACGCCACACCUGCUCCAAGAACACUCACACGCACGGUGCCUCUUCUUCAGACUUCUGCGAGCGACGCUACGGAGCCCUCCAUUAUCCGCGCCGCCUGGGCGCUCCUCCUCGCUCGAUACGCCAACUCCGACCAGGCUGUCUUUGGAAUCACCCUCUCCGGCCGAGACGCCCCUGUCGGCGGCGUCGGGGACAUGGUUGGCCCUACAAUAACGACUGUUCCGCUAUGCAUUCCCGUAUUGCAGACCCAGCCAGUCGCCCAGUUCCUGCACGAUGUACACCAGCAAGCGACGGAGAUGAUCCCCUACGCGCACACAGGGCUCCAGAACAUUCGGCAAUUCGGCGCGGAUGCAGAAGCAGCCUGUAACUUCCAAGCCCUCCUCGUGAUCCAGCCAGCUGGAGAGACGGACGACAAUGCGGCAUCUGGAAUGGGCGUCGAAGCAGUCUCGCCGGCGUCUGAGGUGGAGGGAACACCCCGCGGCGCGUUCCACACGUACAGUCUGGUGGUGGAAUGCGUCGUCCGCAAGGAUUUCGUCGAUAUGUCCGCCUUGUUUGACGAGAAUGUCAUUCCAGCUGCCCAGAUGGAACGCUUGCUGGCACACUUUGCUCGCAUCUUAGGCCAACUGCGCGAUACGAGUAAUAUCGAUAGCCUCCUUGGCCAGCUUGAGAUGAUCUCUGAGGACGAUCUCGUGCAUAUCCGGGCCUGGAACUCUGAAGUACCACUGAACCGCGUGGAAUCAUGCGUGCACCAUCUCUUCCAACAGCGGGCCCUCGAGCAGCCCAAUGCACUGGCAAUCUGUGCAUGGGACGGAGAAUUCACCUAUCGCCAGCUGGAGGAGCUUUCGAGCCUGCUGGCAUUACAGCUGGUUGGGAAGGGAGUCAUGGCGGAGACAAAGGUGCCGCUCUGCUUCGACAAGUCCAGCUACGCGAUCAUCGCCAUGCUCGCGGUUCUCAAGGCUGGAGGGGCGUGUGUGCCCUUCGAUCCAGCGCAUCCCGUCACCCGCCACGAGACCGUCAUUGCCGACACGGGAGCGGCUGUCGUCCUUGUUGGGGAAGAGUACAAAGAUAGGUUCCCUCUUACGGGAGUGGAGAGCCUCGUGGUCUCCGAGCGGUCACUCAAGGAAACGACUGUGAUGCCAGGCCUGUUCCUGGCUCUCCAGAAGGCUACAGUGGCCACCCCGUCCAGCGCGGCGUUUGUGAUAUACACAUCAGGCAGUUCCGGUGUACCCAAAGGCGUGGUUCUACAGCACGACAACGUCUGCAGCAGUCUGGAAGCCCAUGGAUGCGCGUCAGCACUGAACAUUGGACCCGGAACGAGGGUUCUGCAAUUCGCCUCGUACGCCUUCGACAUUAGCAUUCAGGACAUCUUCACCUCGCUCACCAGAGGCGCGUGCAUCUGCGUGCCGUCUGAAGAGCAGCGUGUCAACUCUCUUGCAAAUGUAAUCAACGAGAUGCAGAUCAACUUUGCGGGCAUUACGCCGACGGUGGCCAAUCUGCUGCAACCUUCCGAUGUUCCAUGCCUAAAGACCAUUGCAUUGGCUGGCGAGGCAGUGACCCAGAAGACCAUUGAGAUCUGGAACAAGACCGACGUGCAGCUGUUCAACUGCUACGGCCCUGCAGAAUGCACCAUCUACUGCGCGUUGGCCAAAAAUGUUGGCCAGGCGCAGCGCCAGCCGGCAAACAUAGGAUUCGGCUUGAAUUCCAGGCUCUGGGUUGUGGAAGCCUCGAAUCACCAGAAGCUCACCCCACUUGGGCUUGUUGGAGAGCUGGUAGUUGAAGGCCCUCUAGUGUCGCGAGGGUAUUUGAACGACCCAGAAAAGACCGCCGCCUCCUUUAUCAUCAACCCGGAGUGGGCAGACGUAGCCCCAGGCCAGGAAAGGCGCAUGUAUGUCACUGGCGAUCUGGUGCGAUGCAAUCCCGAUGGUUCACUGGACUAUCUGGGGCGAAAGGACUCGCAAGUCAAACUUCGUGGCCAGCGCUUGGAGCUCGGGGACAUUGAGCACCACGUCUUCUCGCGCCCUGGCAUUGAAAGAGCAGUGGCCCUUGUGCGCAGCCAGGAAGACGGCCAGCAGACUCUCGUGUCUGUUCUGCAGCUCAGCUCAGUCAAUCAGGCGGACACCGAGGAAGAGCUGACUCUGCUUUCCCCCCAGUCUCUUGCUGCUGCUCGGGCAACAAUUUCGUCGCUCAGAGAGUACCUGUCCAGCGUUCUGCCGGGGUACAUGGUCCCCACGGACUUCCUGGUUGUGAGCUCAAUCCCCCUCAACGCGUCCAGGAAGAUCGAUCGGGCCAGAAUGACAAGAUGGAUUCAGAAUCUGAGCCUGGAUGCGUUCAAAGACAUACGUUCCGCCUUGGAAGAUGCCCCCGCCGAGCUUUCAGGCCCUACCACAAUCAAGGAGAAGCAGAUCCAGCACCUCAUUGCCCUGACUCUCAACAAACCGGUCACUAGCCUGCCUCUAAGCGGGUCCUUUGUCUCCCUCGGAGGCGAUUCCAUCACGGCGAUGCAGCUCGUUGCCCGCUCUCGCAGCCUGGGCAUGGCCCUGAGCGUCAAGGAGAUCCUCCGCAGCAAGACGAUUGCCGAUGUCGCCCAGCGUGCGACAAUGCUUGAUUCCUCGCUGGAUCUUGUGGAGGACGAGACCGGGGAGCCGUUUGAUCUGUCCCCGAUCCAACAAAUGUACUUUGACAUGUCGAACCAGGCAGCCACUCAUUUCAACCAGAGCUUCUUCUUGACGCUGACGAGGUGGAUUGACCCGAAUGAGCUGCGCGCUGCGAUUGCACGACUCGUGCAGACUCACUCCAUGCUGCGGGCCCGACUCACCCGUGCCGGAAGCAUCUGGCGCCAGUUCGUGCCGCAAGAGGCUGUGUAUCACUUUGAAGCGCACAGCGGAUGCUCUGAUGGCCAGCGGGAGCAAAUCAUUGCCGCUCGGCAACAGGAGACCCUGGAUAUCGAAAAGGGACCGGUCUUCGCCGUGGAUGUCUUCGAGUCGGUGGAGACGAGCAGGGCGCAGUCGGUAUUCCUCGUCGCCCAUCACCUCGUCAUCGACCUGGUUUCUUGGCGCGUCAUUCUGCAGGAUAUCGAGGAUAUUCUCGAGGGUCGUGAAGCGGCACUUUCGAAGCCACUGCCCUUCCAGACGUGGCUUCGGCUCCAGCACGAGUAUGCGGCAGGCCUCCAUGCCGAGCAGGUUCUUCCUUUCCCAAUCGAACCAGCUAAUACUGGUUACUGGGCCAUGGCAGAUAAACCGAAUGCUCACGGAGACUCGCUCCAGAGAGGCUUUGUCCUGGAUAGCGAACUCACUGCACAGCUUCUGAGCGACCGCUGCCACCAGACCCUGGACACCGAUGUCACGGAUCUAAUGCUGACAGGGCUGCUGCACGCAUUCUCCACAGUAUUCACCGAUCGUGCGAUCCCCACCGUUUUCAGUGAAGGACACGGACGUGAGCCCUGGGACUCCCAGAUCGACCUGUCGCGCACGGUGGGCUGGUUCACGACCAUGGUGCCCCUCCACGUCCCGACAGCAGAAGAUAUCCUGAGUUUGCUGCGACAAGUCAAGGACCGCCGGCGUCAAGUGCCUGGAAAGGGCUGGCCGUAUUUUACCGCUCGUUAUAGCAACCCGGACGCACGCCAGAGUUUUGCUGACCACCUGCCGAUGGAGAUUCUGUUCAACUACCUCGGCCAGUACCAACAGCUGGAGCGGGACGACGCCUUGAUGAAGCCUGAGCCACGACCAGCCAGCGCUUCGGACAUUGGGAGCUCGACGCCCCGCUUGGCUCUCUUUGACAUCUCCGUCGUCGUCGGCCAGGGAAUGACCAGCUUCAGCCUCGGUUACAACAAGUACAUGCAGCACCAGGAGAAGAUCGGUCGGUGGAUCGCAGAGACACAGCGGUCUAUCAAGGAGCUGGUCCAGAGCCUCGUGGCCUCGCCGAAGCAAUACACCCUGAACGACUUCCCCUUCAGCCGGAGCAUCGGCUACGAGGGCCUCACCCGACUACAGGACGCCUGCGUGGGCGAAUUCGGCAUCCGAGGGCUGCAAGACCUCGAAGACUUCUACCCCUGCUCUUCAAUCCAGGCGGGACUUCUAUUGGGCCAGCGUCUCUCUCCGGGCGCAUACGAGGUGCACUUUAUGUUCGAGGUUCUCCCUCGGAGCGGCGAGGCUGUCGACCUUGACCGUCUGCAGGCCUCGUGGCAGUCCGUCGUCAACCGCCAUGCGAUGCUCCGCGCAAUCUUUACAGAUAGUCUGUCUUCCGACGGCUCAUUUCACCAAGCCAUCCUCAAGCAUCUGGACGCUCCUGUACCCAUUAUUCCAUGUGAUACGGAUAUCAUGACGGAGGAAGCGCUGUCUAAAGAGGCAAGCCAGAUCGCCCUCGACCCAUCCCGGCCUCUGCAGAGACUCGUCCUGUACACCACACGCAGUGGACGGGUGUAUGGGAAUCUUGUCAUCAACCAUGCUAUGAUGGACGGAGCGUCGCUGGGGAUUUUGUUGCAGGACUGGACCCGAGCGUACACCGACCAGCUUCCAGAGAACCGCCCACUGUACAGCGGCUACAUCGAAUACACGCAGUCCGUUUCGCAGGACGAGAUGAACCGGUACUGGAUGGGAUAUCUCGCAGGCGUGCAGCCAUGCCAUAUCCCCGUGGAUAAGCCCGGUUCCCCACGGGGCACACAACUGAAAACAAUCAACGUGGACCUGAGCUCGACCCUGCGGGUGAUGAAACAGUUCUGCGACGCCUACUCUGUCACUACGGCCAAUAUCCUCGAGACUGCAUGGGCACUGGUCCUCCGGGCGUAUACCGGAUCCAGCGACGUGUGCUUUGGCCAUCUGGUUGCCGGGCGCGACUGCCCUGUCGAGGAUGUCGGGGAGGUUAUUGGGCCCUUUAUCCACACCCUCGUCUGCAGGCUGGUGUUUGAGGACGAUGCUGAUGUUGUGGCCGCGGUCCAGAGGGUCCAGACGGAGUACACCUCCAGCCUCGAAUACCAGCACUGCUCGCUGGCGGAGAUCCAACAUGGUCUCAACAUGCGUGGAAGAGCCUUGUUUAACACCAUGAUGUCAAUCCAGCGCACCGUUUCUGCCUCUGCGGACGCACCGCUAACAUUCAAGACCGUUGGUGCCCAUGAUCCGACGGAGUACGACAUUGCGGUCAGUGUAGACCUUUCGAACGAGGGGGUCAAGACGACCAUCAGCUACUACCAGUCAGCUCUGAGUGACUGGCAGGCGGGCAACAUCGCGAGCACCUUUGCAGCUGCCAUCCGUGGCGUCGUCGAGCAUCCCUCGCUUCCGAUCAAGGCAAUCGACCUGUUCAGUGAGGCCAACCACGCCCAGCUGCAGACCUGGAACUCCGACAAGGAAGACGGAGUCCUGGUCCGCGAGUGCGUGCACGACCAGUUUGCGGCACAAGCAGCCGCGCAGCCGCAGAGCCCAGCAGUGUCGGCCUGGGACGGCUCGUUCACAUACGCAGAGCUGGACCAGUAUUCCAGCAUCCUGGCCUCGGACCUUGUUGAGGCUAGAAUCACCCCCGGUACGAUUGUCCCGCUUGCUUUCGAAAAGUCGUGCUGGUACGUUGUCGCCAUCCUGGCCGUGCUCAAGGCUGGGGCAGCCCUGGUGCCGCUGGACCCGGCCUGGCCGCCCACUCGACUCUCCCAUAUCCUCAAGGACACCGCCGCCCGGACGGUGCUCACAUCCUCCAAGCUGGAAGCCAAGUUCCGCAACCAAGGGGUUGCCGUCUUCCGUGUCGACAGCACAAUCGCGGCCCGGCCGAUGAAGCCGUGGACUGCCCGGCCGUGCAAACCCGAGGAUGUAGCGUCUCUCAUCUACACCUCAGGAAGCACCGGAACCCCCAAGGGGGUAGUGCUUCAACACCGUAAUAUCUGCUCCAGUCUGGGUGCACGUAUUCCGGCCCUGGCCAUCGGACCUGGCACUCGGGGUCUGCAGUUUGCCGCACACGUUUUCGACAUGAGUCUUGACGACAUCCUCGCCGCUGUCACGCGUGGCGGCUGCGUGUGCAUCCCGUCUGAGGAGCAGCGGAUGGACAUUGGCGCCCUGUCUGCAUUUAUGCGGGAGCACGAGGUCAAUUUCGCGACUCUCACGCCCACAUUCGCCAGCCUGCUGCGGUCCCACGACAUCCCCACGCUCCGCACCCUGGCUCUCGGUGGCGAAGCCGUUACGCAGAAGGUGCUGGACAUUUGGACCCGCGCAGACCCGCCGCUCACGGGGCUGCACAACUGCUACGGACCAGCGGAGUGCACUUUCUACUGUGCCCGGAACGGGAACCCCGGCAAGCCAGGUGUUCGGCCAUGCAAUAUCGGGCGUGCAGUUGGUAGUUUACUCUGGGUGACCGAGAUUGAUUCUCACGAGCGACUCGCGCCAAUUGGGAGCAUGGGCGAGCUGGUCGUUGAAGGCCCGUCCGUCUCUGCAGGGUACCUCAACGAUCCCAAGCGAACAGACACCUCGUUCAUCAUGGACCCCCCAUGGAGGCGCCUGUUUGGAAAACCGCAACAGGGACGCCGGAUGUACAAGACCGGCGAUGUGGUCCGCUACAACGAAGACGGCACACUGGACUACCUCGGCCGACACGAUUCCCAGGUCAAGCUGCACGGACAGCGCCUGGAACUGGGAGAGAUCGAGGCGGCGCUGCAGACCCAGGACGGGGUCCAGAGCUCGGUCGUCCUUCUGCCACGCCAGGGCAACUGCGAGGGCCGCAUCACCGCGGUGCUGGCACUCGGUCGGGCUGUCGAGCAGCCGGAAGCCCACAGGGUUCCAAUGCGUCUCCUGACAGCCGAAGAGCGACGGGAAACCAGGGAGCUCAUAGCCGCUGCUCGCAAUAAUCUCUCCGCAGCGCUCCCACCGUACAUGGUCCCGGAUGUGUGGCUGCCUGUGACGGACAUUCCUUUCAACCAGUCCGGCAAGCUGGACCGGAAAACGGUCGUCCAAUGGAUCGAGAACCUCGAGGCGUCUGGACUGGAAGCUGUCCUCGACGAUGAGAAUGCAACGACAGGGACAGAAGACAAGGGAGAGAGUAGCGAGUUGGCGACCCAGCUGCGAGCCCUCUGCGCGCAUAUCCUCAACCGCCCCGAAAAGGGAGUGCCCCUGCAUCGCUCGUUUGUCUCGAUGGGCGGGGAUUCGAUCACGGCCAUGCAGCUGACGGCGGCAGUCCGAGCACUGGGUCUCCGGCUGUCGGUGGGCGAGGUGCUGAAGAGCAAGACGCUGGCUGAGCUGGCCGCGCGCCUCAGUCCCAACCAGCCUGUCGCCCCCAGGGCUGUGGAGGACCCCGUUGACCAGACCUUUGCGCUUUCGCCCAUCCAGCAGCUGUACUUUGCCGUCUCACACCAGCGCGCGACCCGAUUUCACCAGAGCUUCUUCCUCCGCCUGUCGCAGCCAGUCGCUGCCGAGAAGAUGGCUCGCGCAGUCGACGCGAUUGUACAGCGGCAUUCGAUGCUUCGCGCCCGCUUCGUAGAGCAGUCGUCCGACGAGGGCUGGGCGCAGCAGAUCUCCUCCACCUCCAAACGGCCCUUCUCUAGCUACGCUGGUCUCGCACGUGAGGCGGUUUGGGAAAAGAUGGAGUCUGUGCAGAACAAACUGGACAUCGUUCAGGGCCCUGUCUUUGCAGUAGACAUGUACCAUUUGUCCACCGGCGAGCAACUCGUCUACGCGGUGGCUCACCAUCUUGUGAUCGAUCUGGUCUCCUGGCGAGUGAUUCUGAGUGAUCUGGAACAGCUCCUGCGCGGCCUCGAGAUGACCCUCGACACUCCCCUUCCCUUCCAGGCCUGGAGCCGGAUGCAGGCACAGUGUGCCGAGACCCAUUUGGACGCGAGUUAUAUCCCUUCAACCCUAGGAAAUGGAGAUCUGAGCUACUGGGGCAUGGCCGACACCGCCAACACAUUCGCAGAUGCGAAGCUUGAAUCGUUCGCCCUGGACACGGAAACCUCAACCCUUCUCCUCACGGGCUGCCACCAGGCGCUGCGAACAGAACCCACCGAUAUCCUGAUGGCAUGCCUCCUGACCUCCUUCGGAAGCGUCUUUAUGGACCGAUCACUGCCCAUCUUAUUCUCAGAAGGCCAUGGCCGCGAACCGUGGGACCAGGGGAUCGAUCUCGCCGGCACGGUUGGGUGGUUCACGACCAUGGCUCCCUUGCAGGCUCACCUUGGGCAGCAUCCCCCGCUGGUGGAUGCUGUUCGCCACGUCAAAGACCAGAGACGUUCACUCCCGGGCAACGGGUGGCCGUACUUUGCCUGCUCUUUCCUCAACGAGCAGGGCCGGAAGAAGGCUGUCGACCACACCAGGGUCGAAGUCAUGUUCAACUAUCUCGGGCAAUACCAACAGCUCGAGCGAGAGGACGCUCUAUUCCGACAGGAAGAGAAACUCCCCAAGGAGCUGGCCGUGUCCGACGUGGCUUCUGGCACGGCAAGGAUGGCUCUGGUUGACGUCUCUGCAGUGCUCGUGCACGGAGUCUUCAGCUUCAAUUUCAUCUUCAACCAGAAGAUGCGUUAUGCUGAGAAACUGGCCCGCUGGAUGCAGCAGUUCGAACACGAUCUCCGCGCGGCCGUAGGCUCCUUGGCCGAUCACCGUCCUCGCCUAACCCUGAGCGAUUACCCGCUCUUGCAAACCACGUACAGUGGCCUGGACGACCUGCAGGACGAGCGGCUGCCAGAGAUUGGUGUGGCCGAGGUUGAAGACGUGGAAGACAUCUACCCCUGCUCGCCGAUGCAGCAAGGCCUGCUCCUUAGCCAGAGCCGCGAGUCGAGCCUGUAUCAGACGCAGUUCCGCAGCGAAGUGACGGCCCUUGCUGGGGCCCCCGUCGUCGCCGAUCGUCUGGUCGAGGCCUGGCAGAGCGUCGUUCGCCGCCACUCGCUCCUCCGGGCGGUUUUUGUCAAUGCUGUUUCCACCGAGGGUAUCUAUGACCAGGUGAUCCUGAAGGAUGCCCGCGGCCAAGUUCAUCGCGUGGUGUGCGAUGAAGAUGCCGUUGCACCGGAGGUCCUGUCCCAGCCGCGAAUGGCCGCCGAGGACUACCAGCUGGCCCAUUCUCUGACGCUGUGCGAGACGCCGACUGGAAGGCUGCUGUGCAAGUUUGAGUUCUCCCACGCUAUCGUCGAUGCCGCCUCGCUCGGCAUCCUUGUACGUGACCUGGCCGCUGCGUAUGAAGGCCGUCUGGAUCCGCUGCCCGGGCCCGCCUACAGCGAAUACAUCCGGUACCUCCAGGAUCGCCCGCUUGCAGAGGGCAUUGAGUACUGGAAAGCCCAUCUCCACGGCGUCGAGCCCUGCCUGUUCCCGACCCUUCACAGCAGCUCCCUUGCGGAUCGCACGAUCCUCAAGACCACCUCGCUGAGCCUAAACGUGGACCCCGAGCUUCUGCGCACCUACUGCGCAAGCCACGGAGUGACUGCAGCGGUAGUUUUCAUGGUCGCCUGGGGGCUGGUCCUGCGCACGUACGCGGGGACCGCGGACAGCACCUUUGGAUACGUGGUGAUGGGGCGAGACAUCCCUGUGCCGCGCAUCGGGGACACCGUCGGGCCCUUUAUCAACAUGCUGCCGUGCCGCGUGCGCACCGCCAGCGGGGCAGGAACGGUAUCAGACCUCUUGGGCGAAGCUCAGGACGCCUAUGUCAACGGCAUCGAGCGCCAGCACGUCUCCCUGGCGCAGAUUCUCCACGGCCUGGGCCGCUCCAUGGAAGGGCCGCUGUUCAACACGAUGCUGUCGGUGCAAAAGACGACGGAGCGUGCAGCAGCACCGGAGGCACUCUCGUUUAGGAAUCUGGGCGCUCAUGAUCCGACCGAGUACGAUCUGACAGUGCAGAUCAACACGUCGGACACUGGAAACACCGUUUCCAUCAGCUACUAUCCUCCGCAGGUAACGGACUGGCAGGCUGCCAAUGUGACGCACGCCUUUGAAGAGACCCUGUGGCAGAUGAUCCGCCACCCCAACCGCCCAGCCGCCGCGGUCGACAUCCUCAGCCUGCGCGACGAGCAGCAGAUCCAGAAGUGGCAUGCUGCUGCACAAGGAGAAUUGAUCGAGGAUCUCGUCCACGAGCGCGUGUCGAUGCAGGCUGCGCUGACUCCCUCGGCGCCCGCUGUCUCGUCCUGGGACGGCGACCUCACGUAUGAACAGCUCGACGCGAAAUCGACAGAGCUGGCCGAGCACUUCCGAACACUUGUCCCCGCAGAAAAGGCUGAACCAUUCGUCGCACUGUGUUUUGAAAAGUCCAAGUGGGCGGUCGUUUCUAUGCUGGCAGUUCUGAAGGCAGGUGCAGCAUGCGUCUCGCUCGACCCUGCCCACCCUGCCAGUCGUCACCAGGCCAUUUUGGCAGACUGCAAUCCAUCUUUCGUCCUGGCGUCGACACUGCAUGAGGCAAAGAUAAAAUCUGCUGCCCCUUCUAUCCCAGUACUAACGAUCGACGACUCAACGGUCCUCCGCACACCCCGUCAGCCGACGUCUCCACUGCAGUCCGUUGUCCCCAGCAGCGCCGCGUUUGUUAUUUACACAUCGGGCAGUACUGGAACACCCAAAGGCGUCGUGUUACCUCAUUCCGCGGUCUGCAGCAGUAUGGCAGCCCAUACCAGGAGCCUCAAGAUUGGCCCUGGAGCCCGGGUCUUCCAGUUUGCCUCCUACGUCUUUGAUAUUAGCAUUGGAGAUAUCUUUACCUCACUUACCAAUGGAGGCUGUGUUUGCAUUCCGUCUGAGCAGCAGCGACUGGACAGUGUGAGCGGCGCCAUCACCAGCCUCGCCGCCAACUGGGCGUGCCUGACACCGACUGUGGCGAGCCUGCUUGACCCCUCUGCACUCUCGGGCCUGAAGACACUUGUGCUGGCUGGUGAAGCUGUCAAUCAGCAAGUCAUUGACACCUGGACCGGCGACGCCUCUCCACUCGAUCGCUUCUUCAAUUGCUACGGUCCUGCCGAGUGUACGAUCUACAGCACGUGCAGAGAUCUGACUGCGUCUGCGUCGCACCACGCCGCCAACAUUGGCCAGCCCCUGCUGGGCCGAGUGUGGGUUGUUGAUCCGCAAGAUCACAAUCGCCUCCUUCCCCUGGGCUGCGUGGGAGAGCUGUUAAUCUCGGGCCCACUGCUGUCGCGAGGAUACCGCAACGACGAGGCAAAGACCCAGGGCGCCUUUAUCCGCCGUCCAGGCUGGGCCUCCCGACUCGGCCUGAGCAGCGAAGAACGGCUAUACAAAACCGGCGACCUAGUUCGAUACACGCCAGACGGCAGCCUGGAUUACCUCGGCCGCAAGGAUUCGCAGGUUAAACUGCACGGACAGCGCAUGGAGCUGGCCGAAAUCGAGCACCAUCUCCUGAAGCAUCGCGAGGUCACCCAAGCCGUCGUGGGGAUCCCUGCAGCGGGUGUUUGCAAGUCUCGCCUGGUCGCUGUGCUUGCGCUUGCCGGAGCACCGGAGACUGCGGGCGAGCUGGAAAUCCACCCAGAUCAGCAUCCUCGCGGCAGUGCCAUCCAACGAAAUCUGACCAGCGAGCUCCCAGCGUAUAUGGUUCCGUCCGUGUACAUCGUGGUCCGAUCGAUUCCCCUCAAUUUGUCCGGCAAGGUUGAUCGUGUCAAGGUGGCGCGCUGGGUGGAAGAGCUGGACGAUCCAGGCGUGCUCGGGGAGAUGGAGACGGUGUCUGAGGACGAGCUCGAGACGCGCCAGGAGAAGGAGGGCACCAUCGAGUCCUCAUUCCGGGAGAUCGUUGCCUACGUGCUCAACGUCGACCGCUCUCGCCUGAUCUCCUCGCGAUCCUUCGUGGGCCUCGGCGGGGACUCGAUCAGUGCGAUGCAGGUGUCCUCUCGCGCCCGUGCCCAGGGCUUGGUUGUCCAUGUGCGCGACAUCCUGCGCAGCAAAACGUUCCGCGAGGUGAUUGAGUCAGUUCGGCCUGCACGAUCGCAGCAAGUCGACCAGGCUGCCAGUAGAGAGGACGAGUAUGACACCCCCUUCGGCCUCUCGCCCGUGCAGCAGCUCUACAUCGACGGGGCCAGGAAUGAGAUCAACCGCUUCAACCAAAGCAUGCUGUUGCGAUUCAACCGGCCAGUAUCUGUCCAAGAGGUUGAGGCUGCCGUCCAUGCAGUGGUGCUAAAGCAUGCGGUGCUGCGGGCGCAGUUCAGCAAGACACGCGACGGCCGCUGGAGUCAGUCGAUCCCGCGAGAGGCGACUGGAUGCUACACGAUGAGGUCCCACAGCAUCACAGGCAGCAAAGGGCAAGAUCUGGCCAGUCUGCUUCAGCAUGCUCAGCAGGCGAUCGACCCCACGAGCGGACAGGCCUUCUCAGCCGACCUGAUCGAGAUCAGCAACGACGGACAGCUCCUGUACCUCGUUGCGCACCACCUGGUUAUCGACGUGGUUUCGUGGCGUAUCAUUAUGGAAGACCUUUCCAACCACAUCCAGGACGGGCAGCUUGCCCACCGUGAGCCGCACUCGUACUCGUUCCAGCAAUGGCUCCGUGCCCAGCGCGAGUACGCCCUGACUCUCCCGGCCCCAACGGUGGUUCUGCCGUUCGAGGUGCCGCCAGCUGGCCUUGCGUACUGGGGCAUGGCCGAUGCGUCAAAUCUCUAUGGGCAGGUCCUGUCGGAGCGCUUUGUCCUCGAUGCCAGGACGACCAGCACGCUGCUUCACGACUGCCACGUCUCCCUCCGCACGGAACCCAUGGAUGUUCUGAUCGGAGCCCUCUUUGCCUCCUUCAAGCAGGUCUUUUCCGACCGCCGUAUGCCUUCCGUGGUCACUGAAGGCCACGGACGCGAGCCGUGGUCGCCUGACAUGGAUCUGUCGACAACAGUCGGCUGGUUUACGACGAUGCUGCCUCUGGCCGUCGACGAUACAAUCACCGAGCUCAGCGAGAUCAUCCGGCAGACCAAGGAUCGGCGUCGCCAGGUCCCCCACCGCGGAUUCGACUAUUUCACAUCCCGCUACCUGAGCGAGGAGGGUAAAGAGGCCUUUACACACCAUGAACCAGUCGAGAUCCUCUUCAACUACCUGGGCCAAUUCCAGCAGCUCGAGAGGACCGACAGCCUGCUGCAGAUGGAGCGAACGGUAGCAGUGUCGGACGUUGCAGACAAUACCCCCCGGCUGGCAUUGAUCGAGAUAUCGGCGGUGGUCAGCGACGGCCUGCUGCAGGUCAACUUCGUGCUUAGCAAGCGGAUGCGGAAGCUGCCCUACAUGCGCAAGUGGGUGCGCGUGUACGAGCAGACUCUGCGCGCCGCUGCAGCUCAGCUGGCAGUGAUGCCCCCCCGGCCCACGCUCAGCGACUACCCCCUGCUGGCUCUGUCAUACGAGGAUCUGGAUCGGCUGCAGGACGAGGUGCUGCCGCAGUGGAACGUGUGGAGCUUCGAGGAUGUUGAAGACAUGUACCCUUGUUCUCCCAUGCAGUUGGGCCUCCUCCUCAGUCAUCGCCGCUCGACGGGCGCCUAUGAAAACAAGUUUACCUACGAGGUUACCCUGCCCGGCCCUGGGAACCCAGAUCCCUCGCGGCUACUGGCCGUGUGGCAGAAGCUCAUUGACCGUCACGCAAUGCUGCGGACAGUCUUUGUCGAAAGUGCCGACGCGCGGACCCUCUACGACCAGCUGGUCCUCAGGGAAAGCGAGGCCAACACUGUCUUGCUGACCUGCGCUGAUGACGCCGUCGCAGCUAUGCUUGCCGCACAGAAGCCCCUCAGCCACGAGGAGCGCCGACCUCGACAUCGCGUGACAGUGGUCCAGACGGAGAGUGGCCGGGUUCUUCUCCAGCUGGAGGCCAGCCAUGCGAUCCUCGAUGCCAGCUCCAUGACGAAUCUGCUGCACGAUCUUACGCGAGGCUACACAGACGACCUGCCUGCAGGCCCUGCACCAUCAUACCGCAACUAUGUCGAGUACCUCGCGUCCAAACCCGUAGAAGACUCGAUCGAGUUCUGGAAACAGUCCCUGGGUGAAGUGACCCCCUGCCACCUCCCCCUCCCAGAGGCACUUCCCGACACGCCCCGCGAGUACGCAGCGUUGAACAUGGACCUCGACUGGGCCGCGCCUUCGCUCUCGACUUUCUGCCGUGCCCAAGGCGUCACGGCCGGCAGCGUCUUCCAAUCCGUGUGGGGUCUGCUGCUGCAGCGGUAUACAGGCAUGGCCCAGGUCUGCUUCGGCAACAUCACCUCCGGCCGCGAUGCCGAUGUCGCGGGGAUUGACGAGAUUGUUGGCCCCCUGAUCAAUAUCCUGAUAUCACAGAUCUCGAUCGACCCAGAAGCCCGGCCGGUGGAUCUCGUUUCCCAGGUGCAGGCGCGCUACGCGGAAGGUCUGUCGCACCAGCACGUCUCUCUGGCCAGCGUCCAGCAUGCACUCGGGACCGCAGAGCAGGCGCUGUUCAACACCAUCAUGUCUAUUCAUUGGUCCCCCUCUACCUCCGCUGCUUCGUCAUCCCCGGAGAGUCUGCGCUUUGCGCCGGUUGCCUCGCAUGAUCCUACAGAGUUUGACAUGACCGUCACCGUUGUUGCUUCGCCAGUAAGUGUCCAUGUCUCGCUCAACUACUGGCGAUCAAGCCUCUCCGCCUGGCACGUCGAGAACAUCGCCGCCACCUUCACCACCAUCCUCCACACCCUCCUCGCAGCCCCCGAUGCCCGCUUGUCGGAACUAUCGAUGCUCAGCGAGCGGGACUUCCAGCAGAUCCUCGACUGGAACCCCGUCCGUGGCGGAAGACAGGAAAUCUCAGUUCCUCAAAUGUUCCAGCACCAAGUCCAGGCCCGCCCGGAUGCCGCUGCAGUCGCGGGCUGGGAUCGCAGUCUGAGCUACCGAGAACUCGACCAGUUGAGCGACAUCUUUGCUGCGCACCUCGCGCGCCUCGGAGUCGGACGGGGCGUCUUUGUCCCCACCUGCUUUGAAAAGUCGACCUGGGCAAUCAUCGCUAUGCUUGCGAUUCUAAAAGCUGGCGGCACAUGUGUACCCCUCAGCCCAGCCUACCCCUUUGCGCGCAAUGCUCUCAUCACCAGAGAGGUCAGUGCCUCUGUCGUGGUCACUUCCGCAGCAAGCGCCCAGCACGUACAGGACCUCGAGGUUGAGCACGUUGUUGAAUUGUCUGAACUGAUACUCGACGGCGCGUCCGCAGCGCUGGAGACGCCACCAAUCCAUCCGGACGACCCUGCGUUCGUCAUCUAUACAUCCGGCAGCACGGGCAAUCCCAAGGGCGUCAUCCAAACGCAUGGAGGGGUCUGCACGAGCGUGACAGCGCAGGCAUCCGCAUUGGGCUAUACUUCAACUUCGAGAGUGCUGCAGUUCGCCGCGUAUACGUUCGAUGUCAGCAUUGGCGAUAUCCUAGGUGCAUUCUCACAGGGCGGCUGUGUCUGCGUGAUAUCCGAAUCGGAUCGCGUAGGCGACUUGAGCAGCGCCAUCCAAGCCAUGCAGGCAGACCAUGCGUGUCUUACUCCCACAGUAGCCCGUACCCUUCGCCCAGCUGAUAUCCCUUCCCUGCGGACACUCGCCCUCGGCGGCGAAGAGCUCGCCCGAACCGACGUGGCCAUGUGGGAAGACCAGGUUCGGCUAGUCAACAUCUACGGUGUAACCGAGACGACCAUAUGGUGUACCACAGCGGAGAUUGCGGGCGGCGACUCGGUCGAUCCCAGAAAUAUUGGGCGCCCCUACGUGGGCCGCGUCUGGAUCGUGGACCCGGCCCAUCCCAGCCACCUGGCGGCCGUGGGCGCCGUCGGCGAGCUGACCAUCGAAGGGUCGACGCUGGCUACUGGCUACUUGAAUGACGAAGUGAAAACCGCCUCUGUUUUCAGGCUGUCUGCCCUGCCGGGCGUCGACGAGGAGCCUACUCGCCGCUAUCAUUCUGGCGAUCUUGCGCAGUACAACGCCGACGGCACGAUCACGUACAUGGGCCGGCAGGGCUCACAGGCUAAGAUCAGAGGCCAGCGAGUGGAUCUUGGCGAGGUGGAAUACCAGUUGCGCCGCGCCCUCCCCGCUGUCGACGACCUUGCAGUCGAGCUGGUUAAGCCCUCUAGCCGCGAUGGGCAGGGGAUGCUCGCAGCCUUUAUGUGUCUGGAAGGCCAGCAGGAACUCGAGCAUGUACCGGGCGUCGAGCAUCUGCUACAAGUGUCGGAUGGGCUACGCGAGACGUUCCUCAAGACAAUUGACGCGCUGUCCGAACAUCUUCCGUCCUACAUGGUGCCCUCGCUGUUCAUCCCCACCGCGAGCAUGCCCCGGACCGUCUCCGGCAAAACCAGCCGCAAGACUCUGCGCGAGCUUGCAGCGGCCUUUGGCGCCGAGCAGGUAGCGCACUACGGCCUGGCCGACGGGACGAGGCAGCAGCCGACGACCAGCACGGAGAAGGCCCUGCAGGCUCUGUGGGCACAGGCUCUGAAUAUCCCCGCGGAGUCCAUCGGCGUUGACGACAGCUUCCUGCGCCUGGGCGGCGAUUCGGUCAACGCUGUGUGGCUGGCGAGUCUUGCGCGAGGGCAGGACCUCCCUCUGGCCGUCGAGAUGGUCUUCCAGAAGCCCAAGCUGCGCGAUAUGGCGUUGUUGGUCGACCAGGCCCGCAAUGCUGAAGACGAGCAGACCCAGGACUCAGAGUCGGCGGCGCUGAUAGAGGAGAUCCGGAACAACUACCAGCUUCCGUCAGGGGGGAUCGAAGAGGCUCACCCUUGCUCCCCAUCGCAGGAGGCGGUGAUGCUCGCCACUGCGCGAGACCCUUCAGCGUACGUGCUACAGAACGUGUUCAACCUGCCUGGACACAUCGACCGGAAGCGGCUGCAAACCGCCUGGAUGACUGUUGUCAGCAAACAUUCCAUCCUGCGCACUCGCAUCUUCCACCUGUCACGACAUGAAAAGGCAUUCCAGGCGGUGAUGAAGGAGGAAAUAACGCUCGCCACGUUUGUCGAGCUGGAUGGGUAUCUGGAGAAGGACAUGGCCACCCCCUUUACAUACGGCCAGCCUCUAAUGCGCCUUGCCUUUUCGGAGCCUUCCUCCCUGGUCUGGACCGUACACCAGGCGAUCUGUGACUCGACCUCCAUAUCGCUGGUUCUGCAGCUCGUCCAAAGAGCGUACCAGGGUCUAUCUCUGCCUUCCACACUCCCCUUUGCGGCUUUGGCGCACCGAGUACAGGAUCUCAACAGCGAUGAUCGCGCAGCUUCGUUUUGGAAGUCGCAGAUGGCCAACCUCCAGACAACACAUUUCCCCUCGGGGCUCGUUGGCACGCAACGAGACCCGGCUGAGUCGGAGCUCGGCCACCUCAUUACCCUCCCCAGUCAGCACAACCACCACUUCCUCCCGACUGCGGCGCAGGGCGCAUGGGCGAUCGUCAUGAGCCGCUGGGCAGAUUCACCCGACGUCGUCUUCGGCGAGGUGCUGCCCGGGCGCGACAUGCAGCUGUCAGGGAUCCAGCGCAUGAUCGGGUUCACUACAUCGCUGGUGCCAGUGCGAAUGGUAGUCACCGCAGACCAGACGGUGCCCCAGUUCCUCACUGCCAUCGACGAUCAGCGAAGGCAAGUCGCCGAGUUCCAGCACAUGGGCCUGCAUAACAUUGCGCGCCUGAGCGAGGAGGCAGACGCCGCCUGCCACUUCGACACGGUGCUGCAGAUGGACCUUGCCUCCUAUCGCCCACCCCUCGACGAGGCCUUCUGGAACCGCCGCGAACAUGAGCGCUUCCGAGUGAACCCCAACUCGUACGGCCUGCUUCUCGAAUUAGAGCAGUCGGACGCCGAAGGCGAUCUCCACGUCCUCGCCCGCUAUGCCUCGACGGCCCUAUCGGAGGCCCAGAUGCAGCGCAUCCUGUAUCAGUUUGAGAGCAUCCUCCUCCAGCUGAUCAGCUUGUCCAAGGAUUCGCGCAGGACCAUUGGAUCGCUCGAGCUUGUCAGUGAAGAGGACACCAUGGACAUCGAGCUCUGGAGCGGUACUCCUCCGCCGCGUCGAAGCAUCUGUAUCCACGAGCAAAUCUCAACUUACGCCACUGAAUAUCCAGAUUCUCCGGCGAUCGAUGCAUGGGAUGGAUCUCUGACAUACCGCGAACUGGACAAGCUCUCAUCCCUCGUUGCCACCGCUCUAGUUCAGAUGGGAGUUGGCCCCGACGUGUUUGUGCCCCUUUGCUUUGACAAGUCUCUCUGGGUAGUUGUUGCACAGCUAGCCGUGCUGAAAGCAGGCGGUGCAUUCGUCUUCGUAGAUCCCGCGCAUCCACGCGAGAGACUUCAGGGAAUCGUGACAGCGGCCAAAGCCCAGCUCAUGCUCUGCUGCGCGCGGCAUCGCGGCAUGUGCGAGUCGUUUGUACACAACGUUCUCGUCGUCGACGACGAGUUGGUCGAGUCCCUCCCCGCGAAAACAUCAGACAGUUACUACGUCUCCCCUAACGCUAGCCCUGACCACUCCGCGUACGUGAUCUUCACCUCUGGCAGCACCGGAAAACCCAAGGGAGUGGUGAUGGAGCACGGAUCCUUUGUCACCGCGGCUCUGGUCCACGGCGAGAUGAUGAACCUCGACCGCAGCUCGCGCAUGCUCCACUUUGCCUCGUACGCUUUCGAGGCGAGUAUCCUCGAAACAAUUGUUGCGCUGGUCAAUGGUGCCUGUGUGUGUAUUGUCUCGGAAGAGCAGCGCCUGAACCACCUGCCACAAGCACUCGAUGAGUUCCAAGCGACGUGGGUGUUUUUGACUCCCUCGCUGGUGCGAACGAUCUCACCGAGCCAGGUGCCCAGUCUGAAGACGCUGGUGCUUGGAGGCGAAGCUCUUGGCCGCGACAACAUUGAAACCUGGGUAGACAAGGUACACCUGAUCAACGGCUAUGGACCGUCAGAGACCUGUGUCUUUUCCAUCAUCAACCGGGCGGUGGAUUUCAGUACCCACCCACUGGACAUUGGCACCCCCGUCGGUUCGUCCUGCUGGAUUGUUGAUGUGGCAAACCACGACCGGCUGGCCGCAGUCGGCUGUGUCGGUGAGCUGCUCAUCGAGGGACCGACGCUUGCCAGAGGCUACCUGCUCGACCCCGUCCGGACAAGCGCCAGCUUCAUCGUGGAUCCCAAAUGGGCCGUCACGCCCGGUGGCGCCCCACGACGCAUGUACAAGACCGGCGAUGUAGUCAAAUACAACCUCGACGGAUCCAUCACCUUUGUCGGGCGGCGGGAUGCACAGGUCAAGGUGCACGGGCAGCAGGUCAAUCUCCUCGACGUGGAAGACCACAUCCGACGUGAACUACCUAGCCUGACUGAUGUCGUCGUCUGCUUCGUGCCUCUCGAGGCGCAGAGCCAGCGUCAGGCGCUCGUCGCGUGUCUGCAACUCUCCCCCUCACAGGGAAGCAUGACCGACGCGCUCCGCCAGAUGCUCCGAGGGCUACAGGCCUCGCUGACCUCUCAUCUGCCGUCAUAUGCAGUCCCGUCAAUCUACCUGCCCAUGGUGGCUCUCCCACAACUGCCCUCAGGUAAGGCCGAUCGGAGAAAGCUGGCGGAUAUUGUAUCUCGCCUAUCGGCCGACGACAUCCGGCAGAGCUCUCUGGCAGCCGAGAAGAAAGAGGCCCCAGUCACGGAGAUGGAACAGACCAUCCAAACCCUGUGGGCCGACGCGCUGCAUCUGGAUCAGGCCUCGAUUGGAGUGGACGACACGUUCAUCCAGCUCGGCGGCGACUCCCUGGCCGCCAUCAACCUGGCGGCUGCUGCGCGCGAGCGUGGACUAUCCUUGAGCGUGGUGCAGGUCUUCCAAUAUCCUCAGCUGAGGGAGCUGGCUGCUUCGCUCGAAGUACAGACGAACGGGAAUGUAACCAAGGCGUCUGAUCGACAAUACGAGCUACUCCAGUCGACGGAGCCAGUCGAGGAGAUAUUACAGCGCAUUGAAACGCAGCACGGCAUCCACAGAGAAGAUGUGGAGGAGAUUAUGCCGUGCUCCUCGCUGCAGGAAGGCCUCAUGUUCCUCUCGAUCCGACAGCCGGGUUCGUACAUGUUCCAAAGCGUCUUCAAACUGCCGCAGGACAUCGAGCUCAAUAGGUUCAAGCGCGCGUGGGAUCUGACGGCCCAGCGCAACGCCAUCUUGAGGACCCGCAUCAUACACACCGAGUCCUCUGGCUCGCUCCAGGUCGUCAUGAAGCAGACCAUGCCUUGGGUUUCUGUCGACACGGCGGUCAGCGAGUACAUCACGCAGGACCGCAAGCAGGAGAUGGCGCUUGGAGUUGCCCUUGCGCGCUAUGCAAUCGUCCGGCCAAACCACGCAGAUAGACGCUUCGUCUGGACCGCGCAUCACUCGCUGUACGACGGCUGGUCGCUGCCGUUGAUCCUGUUCGAGGUUGAGCGCGCAUACAUCGCCGACGGCCCUCCCGGGCCCGCACCGCCGCCGUUCAGCCGUUUCAUCGAGUACGUGCAGGGCAUUGACUGGGCCGAGCUGGAUGCAUACUGGCGCGACCAAUUCGCCACGGGGAUCCCGAAGUCGUUCCCCGCCCCGCAGUCGGAGCGCUUCAUGCCCUGGGCGGAUACCAGCGUGACAAGAACGGUCCGCAUUGGCUCGUUGAUCGGACAGGGCAUCAUGUCCGGGACCCUGAUCCGCGCGGCGUGGGCUCUGGUUCUCUCUCACUACUCGGGGUCGGACGACAUUGUCUUCGGUGCCCUGCUCUCUGGCCGCAAUGCUCCCAUCGAGCGCAUCGCCGAGCUCACGGGCCCGACCAUUACCACUGUCCCGGUGCGUCUGGGCGUCAAGAUGGACCAAACCGUCAUGGAGUUCCUGCGCUACGUUCAGAACCACAGUACCAAGAUGAUCCCCUACGAACACGCCGGCCUCCAGCGGAUCAAGACGCUGAGUCCGCAGCACGAAGACAUGACCAAUUUCCAGAACCUGCUCGUCAUCCAGCCUGCGCAAAAGGUCGGCAGUGGCAGUAAUGGCGAAGGCAAGGGGCUCUGGGAGCUGGAGGAUGUAGCUUCAGCUGGCCUGGAGGAGUUCCUCACGUACCCGAUCGUGCUUGAAUGCCGCCUGGGACCGCAGCAGCUGGACCUUACAGCCAAGGUCGAUCGCCGGCUGGUCUCUGAGGGCCAGAUGGACCGGAUGCUGCAGCAUUUCGAAACCGCCCUGGAUCAGCUCACGCGCAGCCCCGACGUGCCGUUGCGCCAGGUCAGUCUCGUUGGUCACCAGGACCUGACUGACAUGCUCGCCUGGAAUGGCGAGGCGCCCCAACGCCUCGAGCAGUGUAUCCACGAGAAUAUCAUGCAAGUAGCGGCACAGUAUCCGUCGCACCCCGCGGUGAGUGCCGCCGACAAGCAGCUCACGUAUGCCGAGCUCAACGUGCUCACCUCCCGAUUGGGCGCCUACCUGACUACACUUGGCGUCGGACCUGAAUCUCUAGUCCCCAUCUGUUUCCACAAGUCCGCCUGGGCGGUCGUGGCCAUGAUUGCGAUCCUCAAGGCCGGCGGUGGGUAUCUCGCCCUGGACCCCGCGUAUCCGGCUGCCCGCAAGAAGCUCCUGAUUGAAACGGCCUCGGCGCGGGUCGCUCUUACGAGUGCUGCGCACCAGGAGAGGCUUGCGUCGUUGGUAGAGCAUGCAGUCGUGGUUGACGAAGGUCUCAUCGCGUCCCUCGCCAUGCACGACCGCUUUACCCACGCAAACGUCACCUCGUCCAAUGUAGCCUUUGUCGUCUUCACCUCGGGGAGCACAGGAACCCCAAAGGGGAUCGUCAUGGAGCAUGGUGCCUUCUGCUCCGGCGCCCGCCAACACGCCGCAGCGCUACGCAUCAACCGCGAGGCACGGGUGAUGCAGUUCGCAGCCUACACGUACGACGUCAGCAUGGGCGAGAUCUUUACGACACUAAUGCACGGCGGCUGCGUGUGCGUGCCGACGGAGGACGAACGCAUGAGUAACCUGGCCGCCGCCAUCACCCGCACGCAGGCAACCUGGCUCUUCCUCACCCCGACCGUUGCCAGUCUCCUGCAGCCCGAUCAAGUGCCUUCGCUGCGCUACCUCGUCCUGGGCGGCGAGCACGCCACCACGGAGAACCUCGACCGGUGGGGAAACAGGCUGUGCCUCAUUAAUAGCUACGGACCUGCAGAGUGCGCAGUCUGGACUAACUGCGCCUUUGGAAUUACAGCGCAGUCCAGUCCGGCCAAUAUCGGGAAGCACAUUGGAGCCAGGCUCUGGGUGGUGGAUCGUGAUGACCACCACCAGCUUGUCCCUGUGGGAUUCGUUGGCGAGCUGCUAGUUGAAGGUCCAGGGCUCGCGCGUGGCUACCUCAAGGAGCCCAGCAAGACAGCAGCGGCGUUCAUUACAGACCCCGAAUGGGCACGCAAGGGGAAGGCUCAGGGCCGGGCCUCACCCCCCCGCCGCAUGUACAAGACCGGAGAUCUGGUUCGGUACAACACCGAUGGAACAUUGAGUAUCGUUGGAAGAAAAGACAUGCAGGUGAAGCUCAACGGACAGCGCCUGGAGCUGGGCGAGGUCGAACAUCAGCUAUUCCGUGAUGCCCAGGUCCAGCAUGCCAUGGUCACCAUGCCACGCGCAGGCCGGUGUGCCAAGCGCCUCGUCGCCCUGCUGGCUCUCAAGCAGUUCGCCCCAAAGAAGAAACAGAAGGGGAAGACCAAGACAUCUACCAUCCACCUCGUCGACGUCCAGCACCACGAGGGUAUCGUCCUCAACGUUUCCCGCCUUCGCGGCGUGCUUGCGGACCGGCUCCCGAGCUUCAUGGUCCCCACGGUGUGGCUCGCAGUCGAGGAGCUCCCCCUCAACCUCUCGGGCAAGCUCGACCGCCCACAAAUCUCCGCAUGGGUCGAUGCACUGGACGAGGCUGCGUACAACCGCGCCCUGGACGUCAGCAGCGCAGCCUCGCUGAGGCGCGAACCCACGACCGAGAUGGAGCUCCGCCUGCGCAGCCUGUGGGCUCGCGCUCUCCGCGUGUCCCCGACCACGAUCGGCGCCGACUUCGACUUCUUCCGCAUCGGAGGCGAUUCCAUCGCAGCGAUGCGGCUGACGGCGGCAGCGAGGGCCGCAGAUAUUAAGCUCGACGUCGCGACCAUCUUUCGGUACCCUCGCCUCAGCGAAAUGGCCCUGGCUGCCUUUCAGGGCGAGCCCACACCCGUGGUGGACGAGUACCAGCCGCUUUCGAUGCUGGGCACGGUCAGCCUGGGCGAAUUCCUCGAGACGUGCACCCCGCCGCAGCAUGCGCGCGCCGAAGCCCAGGUCGAGGACGUCCUCCCGGCCACCGACCACCAGUCGUGGAACCUGGCCCGGGGCCACCUACGCACACGCGGCUACAACUGCUACUUUGCCAUCCCCUUUACUGGACCUCUCGAUGCGUCUCGCCUGAACAAGAGCUGUGCGCAGGUGGUGCAGCAUCACGCCAUCCUCCGCACCAUCUUUGUUGCCCGCCAGGGCCAGCUAUACCAGCUCGUGCUGCGCGCCUACAACCCCGAGUUCCUCCACUACGACAGCGACGACUGCCCCAGGCAAGAACUCAUCGCCUCGGCUAUCCAAGAGGACAUGCUCCGCCCCGUGCGCCUGGGGGCCGGCAGCAUCCGAUUCAUCCUGACCAAGCAGGCGCGCCACCAGCACACUCUCAUCGUCCGCAUCCAGCACGCCCAGUAUGACGGGGUCUCGGUCCCGACUAUCCUCAACGACAUCAAGCUCGCCUACGCGGGCACGCCGCUGGCCCCAGCCCCCGACUUCUCUCUGUUCAUCCACUACCAGCAGCAGGCCAAUCUGACCCAGGAACGCGCAUUCUGGCGGCAGUUGCUGGAGAAUGCGCCCAGCACGCAGCUCGUCGUCCACGACCGACCCGCCUUCCAGAACCCGGUCAACCGCUCCAUCAUCCGCACCGUCGAGCCUCACUCGCUCAGCACUCAGGGCAUCACCGUUGCAACUCUGAUCAAGGCUGCCUGGUCGCUCGUCCUUGGGCAGCUGCUCUCCACCACCGACGUGGUCUUCGGGCAGGUGACCACCGGGCGCAACUCUCGUCACGACCGCAUCGAGGAGAUUUCCGGCCCCUGUGUCAACAUGAUUCCCGUGCGGGUGCGCAUGGCCACCGGCUGGACCGUGGGAGACCUCCUCCACGCGGUGCAAGACCAGCAUCGCUCGACGAUCCCGCACGAGACACUGGGCUUCCAGGACAUCAUCGAGAACUGCACCAACUGGCCGCGCUGGACGCGCUUCAGCUCCAUCCUACAGCAUACAAAUCUGGGCCAUGGGGUCGGAGAAACAUCUGCAGCAACCAUUACUUCCGUCCAGCUUGCAGCCUUCUCCCCACCCACAGACUGCGCCGACGUAUGGAUCUGGUCGGCUCCUGCUGCCGACGAGGGCCAGUACACCUUUGACUUUACCUACUCGGACCGCACAUUCCCGCCCGCGCUGGCUGAUCAGCUCGCGGACAUGCUGGCAGACUCGAUCCAAACGCUUUCAUCCAACGUCGAAGCUCCUCUCUCCACAUACCUCCUCUCCAGCCCCUGCCACACUCCAUUCCCCCUAAACCGCCCACCCAUCGCCCGCACCCGCACCUACCAAGCGCACAGAGACGAGCACUUUGAAUCCCCCCUCUCCUCUCUUGCCUCCUGGUCCCAAGUCGAGAACGCCUGGCGCCAGGCCCUCACCAACAUCGCACCAGACACCUACACCGCGGACACCCCCUUCUUCGACAUAUGGGGCGACCUCAUCUUCGCCGUGCAGCUCUGCGCCCUCUACAGCACAGGCAGCCCCCAGGCACUCGACAUCCAAGUCGAAGAAAUAAUCCAAAACCCGACGAUGCGCGAUCAAGCUCUGCUACUAGCCUACAAGGCGCAGCACCACCCAAGACGCAGUUCGCUCGUGCGGUACCCGAUGCCUUCUGUGCGCCAGUCCAUGGCUGACUCCCGGGACAAGCGGACGAUCGUACAUCCGUACGGAACCACGCGGGCUGCUGGUGCGGGGAGUGAUGCGAGGAGUGAGACGAGGGUUCUCCGGGGGAAGUUCCGGCCGUCAGCGGAUGAUACUACCUCAGCGGGGAUUCGGGCGUUGACAAAUUCGUUGACAGCGGUUUAUGGGCUUAUGCGGUUGCGGUGAGGGGUAGGCAGGCCCUGUGUUUUUUGUGUUUUUUGUGUUUUUCUUUUUUUCGUCUUGAUUUCUCUCCUAUCUUUCUGUCUUUCUGUCUUUCUUUCUAUUCCAUCUCUUUGCAUCCUUUAUAUACUACUCUCUUAUGUUUUGUUGUGCCUCCUUU